CUCGACGCCUUCUAUCUAUCUACCCACACUGCACUGAGACAGCAGCAGGAUCGGAGAAAAUUAAGGGUGGAAUUAAUGGCGACUCAAGCUCUUCUGUCUGCGAGGCAGCUGCUAGGGGGAACCCCACUCCAGUCCGCCCCCUCGAGGUCUCCGAGGAAGGCGACCUUCGUCGUUAGGGCAGCUGCCACUCCCCCUGUUAAGCAAGGAGCAGAUAGGCAGCUCUGGUUCGCCUCCAAACAGUCACUCUCCUACUUGGACGGAAGUCUUCCCGGCGACUAUGGAUUCGAUCCGUUGGGUCUGUCGGACCCGGAGGGCACCGGCGGGUUCAUCGAGCCGAGAUGGCUGGCCUACGGCGAGAUCUUCAACGGGCGGACCGCCAUGAUGGGGGUGGUCGGCUGUCUGGCGCCGGAGAUCCUCGGCAAGCUUGGGCUGAUCCCGCCGGAGACGGCGCUCCCCUGGUUCAGGACCGGCGUAAUCCCGCCGGCGGGGACGUACCCCUACUGGGCCGACAACUACACUCUGUUCGUGUUCGAGAUGGCGCUGGUGGGGUUCGCCGAGCACCGGCGGUUCCAGGACUGGGCCCACCCGGGCUCCAUGGGGAAGCAGUACUUCCUGGGGCUGGAGAAAGGGCUGGGCGGCUCCGGUGACCCGGCCUACCCCGGCGGGCCCUUCUUCAACCCGCUGGGCCUCGGCAAUGACGACGAGAAGUCGAUGAGGGACAUGAAGGUGAAGGAGGUCAAGAACGGCCGGCUGGCGAUGAUGGCCAUCGUCGGCUUCUUCAUCCAGGCGUGGGUCACCGGAGAAGGGCCGUUCCAAAACCUGCUCGAUCACUUGGCCGAUCCCUUCAACAACAACAUCUUGACCAACCUCAAGUUCCACUGACCGCGCGCGCGCUUCUCGAUCGAACGGAAAAUUAGUUUGCUAAAUUGGGAAAACAAUCUUUGUAAUGCCGUUUCCAGUUAAGGAAGGGAUCUGUAAUUAAUUUCCAGUUUAAGGGAUCAAA